UUUUUUUUUCCAUUGCUAACAAUCUCUCGCCUCACUCUUCUACUCUCUCAAAAUCCACACCUUUUCCUGUAAAAACCCAUCUCAAACUGCACACUCUUUCUCCCAAAAACCUAAAACCAACUAAUAAAAAGGCUCUCUCUCUCUCUCUCUGUUUUUCCGAAAACAGAGCCUCCUUUUUUUUUUUUUUUUUUUUUCCAUGGCUAACAAUCUCUCAAAAUCCACACCUUUUCCUGUAAGCCCAUCUCAAAUUGCACACUCUUUCUCCCAAAAACCUAGAACCAACGAAUAAAACGACUCUUCUUCCAAAAAAAAAAAAAAAAAAAGAAAAAAAACACUAAUAAAAGACUCUCUCUCUCUCUGUUUUUCCGAAAACAGAGCUUUUUUUUUUUUUUUUUUCCAUGGCUAAUAAUCUCUUGCCUUUCUCUUCUACUCUCUCAAAAUCCACACCUUUUCCUGUAAACCCAUCUCAAACUGCACACUCUUUCUCCCACAAAACCCUGCAAAAACCCUGUUUUCCUUCCAAAGUCUCAACCUUUUCUAAUACCCACAAAACCUCCUUCACCGUCUCCACCAAAAAUCCUAUCUCAGACAUUGUCUCUGCAAAACAACCACAUUUGCAACCACAAUACCCAGAUGAUGACGAUCACAACGACGACGAUAAGCCACGCGAGGAAUGCGGGGUUGUUGGAAUAUACGGCGACCCGGAUGCCUCAAUUCUUUGUCGUUCCGCUCUCCACAAGCUCCAACACCGCGGUCAAGAAGGAGCCGGCAUUGUCUCCGUCAAUGACGACGGCGUCCUCCGUUCGGUCACCGGCCUCGGACUCGUUUCCGACGUGUUCAACGACAAGUCCAACAACUCCAAACUCGAUCAGUUGCCCGGCCAUUCCGCAAUAGGCCAUGUCAGGUACUCCACCUCUGGCUCUUCCAUGCUCAAGAAUGUUCAGCCCUUCAUUGCAAGCUAUAAAUUUGGGUCAGUGGGUAUUGCCCACAACGGUAAUCUGGUGAAUUACCGAGUCCUUAGAGCCAAGCUCGAAGAUCACGGUUCCAUAUUCAACACCACCUCAGAUACAGAGGUUGUUCUUCACCUCAUUGCCAUGUCAAAGCACAGGACUUUCUUAUCUAGGAUUGUCGAUGCAUGUACGCAGCUUGAAGGUGCAUAUUCCAUGGUGUUUGUGACAAAAGACGAACUUGUUGCGGUACGAGACCCAUAUGGGUUUCGUCCUCUGGUCAUGGGAAGGAGAAGAAGCAAUGGAGCUGUUGUGUUUGCCUCAGAGACCUGUGCGUUUGAUCCAAUUGAAGCAACAUAUGAGAAGGAAGUCUCUCCCGGUGAACUUGUUGUGGUAGACAAACAAGGAGUUCGAUCACUUUUCUUAUUAGGGAAGUCACGUCCUCAACUCAAACAAUGUAUCUUCGAGCACAUAUACUUAUCUCAGCCCAGUUCCGUGGUCUUCGGGCGGUCAGUCUAUCAAUUCCGGCGGGCUAUCGGCGAGAUACUCGCCACCGAAGCUCCAGUGGAUUGCGACGUGGUUAUACCGGUGCCGGAUUCCGGUACGGUGGCUGCACUUGGUUAUGCUGCUAAAGCUGAUGUGACUUUUGAAAUGGGUUUGAAUAAGUCUAACUAUGUUGGUAGGACUUUCAUUGAACCAUCACAGAAGAGUAGAGACCAUGGAGUGAAGCACAAGUUAUCUCCUGUAAGAGCAGUGUUGGAGGGGAAAAGGGUUGUGGUAGUGGAUGAUUCAAUUGUGAGAGGAACAACUUGUUCGAAAAUUGUAAGGCUGUUGAAGGAGGCUGGUGGUGCUAAAGAAGUCCAUAUGAGGAUCGCAAGCCCACAAGUGAUUGGUUGUUGCUAUUAUGGAGUGGAUACACCAAGUUCGGAGGAAUUGAUUUCCAAUAGGUUGAGUGUGGAGGAAAUUAGGGAGUUUAUUGGUUCGGAUUCUCUUGCUUUUUUGCCACUUGAUAGCUUGCAGAAAUUGUUGGGUAGUGAGUCUCAAAACUAUUGUUAUGCUUGUUUCUCAGGAAAAUACCCUCUGGUGCCUAGAGAGGUUUAAAGUUUUGAUCAUGAGUAAUUAAUGGAUUUCAUACAGAUUUUCUAUAAGUUUUUUUUUUUUUUUUCCAUUUAAGUUUUUAUUUAAAUGUUAUAUUAGUAUUUGGAUUAUACAGGGUGUCA